GCCACGAGCGAGCUUAGUCAGUCAGCCGCGAGACGCGGUGAACUGAAGGUGUGGUGAGUGUUUCUGUGGGCCGACGGGCCAAAAAUGGCGGAGCGUACGAAGACGACAGCCCCGGCCACCCGGCCUGUUCCCAUGAAGCUGUUCGCCACUUGGGAAGUGGAUCGCACGGCUCCAAACUGCAUACCCAGGUUGUGCUCGUUGACCCUGAGCCGAUUGGUGAUUCUACGGCCGUUAGGCUCGGACCUGACAUCCAUCAGCAUCGCCGUGAAGAUGCAGAGCUCCAAGAGGACCCUGCGCUCGAACGAAAUGGCCAUUCCGACAGGGGGUAUGUUGGACACCGAAUUGGAGCUACAGUUCGCCCUGCAGUACCCCCAUUACCUCAAGAGGGACGGUAACAAGCUCCUGAUACUCCUACAGAGACGGAAACGCUAUAAAAAUCGCACGAUGCUCGGAUACAAGACCCUCGCCGAGGGAGUCAUCAACAUGGCUCAAGUGUUACAGAAGCAAAUGGACCUGGAGCUGGAGCUGGUGUCGGACAAGGCCGAGAAAUACGGUGGUCACUCCGUGGCGUUAGCUCGCGUGAGUGUUGUGGCUCUGAGCUCGCAGCCAGUCGACCAGGACAAAAGACUGAUGAACGAUCCGAACGAGAGGCUCUGCCCGGAGUACAGCGACGAAGAGGAGGAGUUCAGCUCCGAAGGCGAGGCGGAAGGCAGCGACAGCGAGCCCACGCUCGAGAUGCACAGGCGGAAGAGCCGUGCGAAGAUUCCGGCCAACGCCAGGCAAAGAAACUUGAAGCAGAAGUUCAUAGCCCUACUGAAGAGGCGAUUUAGGGUCUCCGAGGAUCUGGAUCAAGACCAAGAGGAGAUCGGGCAGAAGCUUUCAGGUGGAGAUAUGGAAAUCGAGGAGUUGUUCGACGAACUGGAAGACUUGUCGGACAGUGGUCCCGAAUUGGACACCAUGUCUGUCAGCAGCACGCCCAAACCAUCCCUUCGACCUUUCUUCAGCUCUAGUCGAUCCCUUCUCGCGCCACCUCAUUCCGUAGUUACCAACGAGGAGACCGGAACCACGUCUGCGACGGCCGCAGGUCAGCAGAGCGCAGGUCAGCCACCUAAAGAGAAACACCGUGUCGGACAUACCACGCCAGAGCGCGGCGUGGAUAGACAAAGCGACGACAGCUCCCGGAGAGCCGACAGCGAUUCGCAUCCAGAGAAUUGGACGGAUCACGAGGCGAACGAUCCACCGAAUUACGUGCCUGGCUCCCCGCCGAAAUCGGAGCUGCACAAUAAAACCGAGAGCUCGGACAGACGGAGCAGACUUUUUACCCGCGACAGAGGCACACCGGGUAGCAAUAAGUCUAAAAAGCACAGCCUCAGCGUAGACUUGAAGCCACCGGCCGACUUGAAUAGCUCCGAGCCGAGGAAGGCACUAGUGGAGCAAUUAAGUCGCGUUUUACCGGACGACAGUUUGCCAGAUGCGGUGUCGUUGGUCUCGUUAGCUGAUCCAGGUGGAGCGGUGCUCGCCGCGAGACUUCAAGAAAGGAACCAGAGAGUCCUGACCACUGCUUCUCCUGCAGACAUUCGUGCCACGUUCACGUGCCUGGUCACGCGAAUACAAAAAUUCUGCAACAGCUCCGCGAAGCCACCAGCACCCAUCAAGGUGGUGAUCGCAGGUGGUGACAGUUUCGCGAACGCGGUGCUGCGUCACUACGUGGACUUGUUGAGCUUCCGGCCACCCGACUGGCAGAGUUACCUGAAGUUCUUGGUCGUUCCGUUGGGUUCCAACACGUUAUCCAAGUAUCUCAGUUCGAUAGAUGCCAAGUACUCCAUGCUGUUUGGCGAGGAAUGGAAAGAACUCCUGGAAAGGGAGGGCGGUGGUGCGAGCGAAUGUGCGGCAAGAGUUUCAGAGUAUUUAGCUGUCGCUGGACCCACCUUACUUCUGCCAAUCGCGGAAGCCAUGGUUACCUACAGAGAAACGGAUGACAGCAGUCAAAUAUUCAUCCCGUUCAUAAAUGACGUUCGAGUAGGGUGCCCAGACAGCAGUUCGUCAGCUUCGGUAGAUCUGGAGGAAAAUGUAACCAUGUCCGGCUCGCCACCCUCUCUGCCACCUCCGGGGUUACCUAUUCCACCACCCGGUAGGUUAACACCGCCCAGCAGUCCCAAUGUUGGUCAACCUACGAGGGAAGGCUGGGAACCAGUCGAGCUGCAACUUGACUACUGGAGCAAGCAAACGCAAGGUGAAAAGGGGAAGAACACGCUGAGACAAGCGUUCAGAGCCCUCCACGUUCAAAGACUUCCGCCACUGGGAGAAACACCUGGUCAUCACUUGUCCAUGAACUACACCACUAAAGAGAAGAAACAAAAAAUAAUGAGAUUGGGCAAGAAGAAGGAGAAAGAGAAGGAAAACGAGCCAAAGAGUCAAACGGUUGACGGUGUGACACGACUUAUAUGUUCUGCGAAAACUCACAACAUUCCAUUGAGAGUGAGUAUCGACGGCACGGAGUGGUACGGUGUGAAGUUCUUCCAACUAUCGGCGCAGUGGCAAACGCACAUCAAGACGUUUCCAAUAGCUCUGUUGGAAUACAGUUCUCAACAGCAACCAUUCAACCCAACGUAAACAUCCUUGGUUUCCAUCAAAGGCCACGUUUUUUCGCCGUUUAUUUGUGUUCAUCGAUAUUACCAAUUAGGAUCAUCAGCUUAGCUUAUGCGCAAACCCGAUAACCAUCAAAUCCAAAACAAAGCAGAAAAUAAUUGAAAAAAGAAAAAGACAAAAAGAAACUAUGCAGCAUAGAGCAAGGUUUAAACAGUCCGGGAUUCAGUUUGCUGUGUCGAACUGGACGAUAGUGGAGCUAAUCAGGCAAGUAAUCUGAACGUUGCCUUAUUUGUUUAUUAUUAUUAUUAUUUUUUUUUUUUAAUCCCUUGUUAUAGUUUAUUAUUUGUGUUGUCGAGUGUACUGUAUCGUACGUGCAAUCUUCUCGCGUAGAAAUUCACAAGAGUACGCGAGUAAGCGAAUCGUUAUUUCGUUUCGCGAGAUAGAGAGGCGGUUGACAUAUCGUAUUACAAUUAACAGAGACUACGACGAUGGAUUUCGUUGGUUAUGGGAAUGCCACUUUAUCCGAAACCGCAUUGUUCGAUAGAAUGCCACGCAAGAUUUUAUAUAUACAUACAUAUAUAUAUAUAUAAAAAAAAACAGAAAAAAAAAUAUAAAAGAAAUUAUUGCUCGAAUCGGAAGGCCGUCGAUGUACAUACAGGAUUUUUUAAACGACAAGCGUAAAACGGUUUUAUAGCGGGAACCGUUAUGCUAAGAUAGAUCUUUGUCUAAAUUGCAAGAGUGAGAGAAGAAGUUUUUAAUUAAAUUAUGUAUUUAUUUAAUUAAUGUAAUAUUACGAUCACACGUUGUCGAAGAAGUCUGUGGUACAGGCAAACAUUUUUCUUAGCGCACAUAAUAAUAAUAAAAAUAAAAAAAAAAUAAAAUAAAAAAAAA